UCAGGUGUGUUGUGGCAGAAAAACUCUUCUAAACUAGGAGCUGCAGUUCUGAAAGAGGCUGACAGCAGCUGGAGAAGUGACUGUCUCCCAGAAAAGCAUCAGAGGAGUAGAGCUCUUGUUAUAGGUCCACUUAAUCUCUCCUGCCUCAUGGCACCAACAUCUGAGAAUGCCCUUAGGAUUCCUUCAGUCAGCCUUCCCCCGGCUGCCCAGUCUGCUGCAAAGUGCUGGCCUCACCAAACUGAGUUGACAUUCAGAAGAACCCAUAAGAGAAAGAAAAAAAGUUAGACUGGACAGUGCAGCAAGUGGCCCCAGAAGUGGAGUCUUUACAGAGCUAAGAUGGCCAUGGCAGAGCGCCCUGCCAUGUGAGAGGCAGAGAUAGAGGAGAGGGGGCCAAGGAGGAGCAAACUGCAGCUGCUUUUGCUUCUGGUAGCUGAGGAGCACAUCUGUGGGACAGAAUGUCAGUGCUUACGCCUGUCCUUCAGCCCCCGGAGGUGAAGGAGUAUCUCUCCAAGGGUGAGCGCUUCAUCAAGUGGGAUGAUGAAACAGCAAGUGCUUCUCCUGUGAUUCUUCGAGUGGAUCCAAAGGGCUUUUACUUAUACUGGACUGAUCAGAAUAAGGAAAUGGAAAUUUUGGAUAUCACCAGCAUCCGAGAUACCCGAGUGGGGCGAUUUGCCAAAAUCCCUAAGUGCCAGAAGCUACGAGAGGUUUUUAACUUGGAGUACCCUCACAGCACCUUCCUGCUUAAGACUCUGACUAUUGUAUCUGGCCCUGACAUGGUUGACCUCACUUUCCAUAACUUUGUGUCCUACAAGGAGAACGUUGGCCAGAGCUGGGCUGAGGAUAUUAUGGCCAUCGUUCGGAAUCCCCUCACGUACAACGCUUCGCGGUACACCUUCCUAGAGAAAAUCCUGGUGAAGCUGAAGAUGCAGCUCAAUGCAGAGGGGAAGAUUCCUGUUAGGAAUAUUUUUCAGAUGUUUCCUGCAGACAGAAAGAGGGUAGAAGCAGCAUUAAGUGCUUGUCAUCUUCCAAAGGGCAAGAAUGAUGCCAUCAACCCAGAGGACUUCCCUGAAACCGUGUAUAAAACUUUCCUCAUGAAUCUGUGUCCACGACCUGAGAUUGAUGAGAUAUUUACCUCACACCACUUAAAGGCAAAGCCCUACAUGACCAAAGAGCACUUGGCAAAGUUUAUCAACAAGAAGCAGCGAGACUCUCGCCUCAAUGACAUCCUUUUCCCACCAGCCAAACCUGAGCAGGUGCAGAGCCUGAUAGAGAAAUAUGAGCCCAGUGGGAUUAACAUCCAGAGAGGGCAGUUGUCUCCGGAGGGGAUGGUCUGGUUUCUCUGUGGCCCUGAGAACAAUGUGAUAGCCCUGGACAAAUUGGUGCUGUACCAGGACAUGACCCAGCCGCUCUCACACUACUUCAUCAAUUCAUCACACAACACGUAUCUAACAGCUGGUCAGUUUUCUGGUAUCUCCUCUCCUGAAAUGUAUCGCCAGACGCUGCUGGCUGGCUGCCGCUGCGUGGAGCUGGAUUGCUGGAAGGGCCGUCCCCCGGAUGAGGAGCCGAUCAUCACUCACGGGUUCACCAUGACAACUGAGAUCCUCUUCAAGGAUGCCAUUGAGGCUAUUGCAGAAAGUGCUUUUAAAACAUCUCUCUACCCUGUCAUCCUGUCCUUUGAGAACCACGUGGACUCGCCCAAGCAGCAGGCGAAGAUGGCUGAGUACUGCCGAACCAUAUUUGGAGAUAUGCUGCUGACGGAGCCACUGGAAAAAUACCCACUGAAGCCAGGAGUUCCUCUGCCAAGUCCUAAGGAUCUCUUAGGGAAAAUCUUGAUUAAGAACAAAAAGAACCAAUCUGUAUCUGGGAAGAGGCAGAACUCUUUGAAGAAAGGAAGGAAUGUGGAACCAGAAGUCAUUGAGCAGCCAACCCUUAUGGAUGCUGAAGAUACUGUCUGGGCAGGUGAUGUGGCUGAAGAGGAACCAGAGGAAGAGGAUGAACAUCUCGGGAACCUGGAUGAAGAGGAAAUUAAAAAGAUGCAGUCAGAUGAGGGCACUGCUGGUUUGGAAGUGACAGCCUACGAGGAGAUGUCCAGCCUAGUUAAUUAUAUACAGCCCAUCAAAUUUGACUCCUUUGAAGUCUCGGCCCAGAAGAACCGGAGUUAUGUCAUCUCUUCCUUUACGGAGCUGAAGGCUUACGAUCUCCUAACCAAGUUCCCCAUGCAGUUUGUGGAAUAUAACAAGCGACAGAUGAGCCGGAUCUACCCCAAAGGCACCCGGAUGGACUCCUCCAAUUACCUGCCCCAGAUGUUCUGGAACGUCGGCUGUCAGAUGGUGGCACUCAACUUCCAGACCAUGGAUGUCCCCAUGCAGCAGAACAUGGCUCUGUUUGAGUUCAAUGGCCAGUGUGGCUACCUGCUCAAGCAUGAAUUCAUGCGGCGUCCAGACAAGCAGUUUGACCCCUUCUCUGUGGACCGCAUUGACGUAGUGGUGGCCAGUACCCUGUCUGUCACGAUCCUCUCUGGUCAGUUCCUCUCCGACCGCAGCGUGAAGACAUAUGUGGAAGUAGAGCUGUUCGGGUUGCCAAGGGACACAAAGCGCAAAUACAGAACCAAGCUGACCUCCACUGCCAAUUCCAUUAACCCUGUAUGGAAAGAGGAGGCUUUUGUUUUUGAAAAGAUCAUGAUGCCCGAGCUGGCGUCUCUCAAAAUCGUGGCUUGGGAGGAAGGAGGGAAGUUCAUUGGUCAUCGUAUCAUUCCAGUUAUUGCAGUGCACUCAGGUUAUCACCACGUUUGUCUCCGCAGUGAAAGCAACAUGCCUCUGACCAUGCCUUCCCUCUUUGUGUACUUGGAAGUAAAGGACUAUGUUCCUGAUGCCUGGGCAGAUCUGACUAUUGCUCUCUCCAACCCCAUUAAGUUCUUCAGUCUGCAAGACAAGAGAUCAGUCAAGCUAAAAGAUGGCUCAGUGGAGAGGCUUGGCACACCGAGAAACUUCCCAUCUGCUGAAACUAACGGGAUGCCAGACUCCACUGGGAAAUUCAGCAUUCCUCUUUCAAAUGGGCCUGCAGGAGCUGCAGCGUUUGCCAGGGACGAGAACGUGCUAGAAGUGACGCAGAUGGCAGAGCCUCAGACAGCCAGCCUUGCAGAACUGCAGCAGAUGAAGCUCUUCCUGAAGCUGCUGAAGAAGCAGGAGAAGGAACUGAGGGAGCUGGAGCGGAAAGCAAGUAAACGGAGGGAGGAGCUGCUGCAGAAAUAUUCCGUACUCUUUUCAGAGCCUAUCUGCUAUGGAGGCAAGAAAAGGAUGAUACACUCUAGGAAAACCCAGAAGAGGAAUUUGACAACAGGUGACAUUGGUACAUGUGCAAAUCCUGUAGAAAUGGCAGAAAGAGUUGAUAGCCGAGUUUUGGAACUGAGAGAGAGGCUGGAGCUGGACCUCAUCCACCUGGGGGAGGAGCACCACGAUGGGAUUCGGAGAAGGAAGGAGCAGCAUGCCACAGAGCAAGUUACCAAGAUAAUAGAGCUAGCCAGAGAGAAGCAGACUGCUGAGCUGAAGGCACUGAAGGAGUCAUCAGAAAGCAAUAUUAAAGACAUCAAGAAGAGGCUAGAGGCAAAGCGAGUGGACCGAAUCCAGACCAUGAUGAGGAACACCAGUGACAAGGCUGCUCAGGAGAGGUUGAAGAAAGAAAUUAACAACUCUCACAUUCAGGAAGUGGUGCAAACAAUCAAACUGGUGACAGAAAAGACAGCCAGGUAUCAGCAGAAACUGGAAGAGAAGCAGGCAGAUAAUCUGAGAACAAUCAAGGAGAAGGAAAGCCAGCUCCAGCAGGAGGCACUGGCAGAGUAUGAAGAGAAAUUGAAAACUCUGAAUAUGGAGGUGCAGGAGAUGGUGAAGAACUACACAAAAGCAGGUUUUCCUGGAGAGCCAGAGACUCAGAAGGAAGCAGUUCAGGGCCUUCCUGAGGGAGAAGGAGGCUCUAAUGAGCAACAGGAAGAAAAGAUCCCAGUGGCAGAGGUAUCGAGGCUCACAGUAGCCCUGCCCCUGCCCCCAGGAGCUGAAACAAGCAUCUUGUGAGAUGCUUCCCUUACUGUCCCACUUCAAGAAGGCUUAUGGAGGUAUAUAGUGAAGUUAAAGACCAGCUUGACAAACUACUACUCUCCCUUUCCAGUCUGGGCAACUCCUGAAAUCUUUCAGGAAUUUACUACUUUAUUACCCCGGGUAUUGGCAGCAGUGGGAAGGGCUCACCCUUCACUCUGUCCCCAGCCUUAGCUCUGAGGUAUUCAAGCAGCAUGGAAGAGCCUGGGGCUGAGGCCAAGCCAGUUGUUGGCAUCCACAGCAGCACCUACACUCAUAUUUCAGUCUGGAUUCAGACUUCAUUCUCUAAACUUUCCUCCUCGUUCAUCACAGGCAUCUGUUCCCAUCAGCAUGGUCUCGGAGCUAGAUCCCAGGGAAGGAAAUGUGACUGAGACACUCCAGUAACCAGCCCGAAUAAACCCUCCUGAAACACCUCCAGGGGGGCAGCAGGGGCUCAGCAAAACCUGUGCCUUCCCUCUAGCCCCACACCCAGCCUUGCUGAGAGGAAGGCAGGCCAGUCUGAACGAACCUUGUGCCCUUUCUGUCCCUGCACAACCUGUGCUGGCUUCUUCCCUGUCCCCAGGCAGACAAGGACACUCGCAUCCACACAAUGUAAACCGGCAGUUCCUUCUGUGGAAAGGGGCAGCCUUUCCUCCUCCUCCUCCUCUCCUUCUAACCCCCCCCUCUAUUCUCCAAGGCUGGUUCUAACUUUGACUCUCACAAGCCUUCAGGCAAGUCCUUGGACCCCAAUUAUAAGGCAUAUUCUCACCAUUUGUUCAGUUAUCAUACACACAUUUGCAGGAGUUCUCAUCUACAGCAAUCUGAUAGUUUUAGAGUGUCACUGAAACUUUUUCUCAUGAAGCUAAAUUAGUUCCAUAUUAUGGAUUUAGGAUUACAACAAAAUUUCUAAACUGUUUGAAAAUAAUUUUACUGCUCAGAUAAAGAGCCAGCCAUCUCUACCACCUGUAAGAUUCCUUAUACAGACAGCUGAGUACAGCCCAUAAGGAAACACAUCAAAUUAUCCAUCUACACAGCAGAAAGCAGUUCUUUGGAGCUGCUUCUUCCUGCUGCCAGCCCAAUUAAUGACAAUAGAGGGCUCAGCAGCGAGCUGUACAAUCUGGUCCUUGCUGCUGGGAAAACCAGACAACUCCAAGAUAUGUGUUUAGGACCUUGAGGGGGAAGUCUGCCUCCUGCUCCCCCUUUGGCGACAUCACAGAGAAGUCUCAGCCCACAGCCUAACUCUGAAUGAAAAGUGACCCCCUGCAGGACAUGGGAUGGCAAAUGCUCCUCAGCCUCUUUUAGCCCUGGCCCUGGCGUGCCACUGUAUGUCCUCACUAACACAAAACCAGCAGAACACACCCAGAGGUUGGGGUUUUCCUAUCUUGGUCGUGUCUCACAUGAGGAGGGGAGGUUCCUCAGCCAUCUUUGUGCUUCCACUUUCUAGGAGAGCAUACAAAAAGAAAUGGGAACUGCAGCUAUUUUAUUCUCCUAGAGAUAAGAUCUUCCAAAUUGUUCAAGGAAACAAAAAAACCCAAAACAAUAACACCACCACCCCACCCCCCCUAAACCCUGCUGAAGAAAAAUGGGUAGGUGGCAUCCUCCGGCCUCAACCUGCAAUCAAGCAGAUCUGUGGCUACUCCAAGUCUUGACACCAGCAGCCUGGAGAAGCUUGUGCCAGUGAACCAACCACUCAGUUAUUUGGCCACUCAAGCCCCUUUGUUGCCACUUUACAGUGUCUUUAAAUCCAGCCAUAGAAGAGAAAUAGGUGAAACCAGGGUAUAAGAAAGGAUCUUCUUCCAUCCUCUUGUUGGUAAAAUCUUUGCCCUUGAGACAAUACUAGAAGAGACACGUUCUUGAGUGGAGCAACAGUCUCUCUCCCCAAAAUUUUAAGCGCAUGCCACACUGCAGUGUGAUCUAAUAAAGUCCCCACUCACCCCUCAACUUGUUCUUCAGGUUUCUGUCUUUUCUGGAAAAGAGACUCCGUCACAGCAAACCUACAGCAGGCAGCGAGUGUUCCACAAGAACAGUUACACCUAGAACCUUCACUGAUAAAUGCAUGAUGAAGUGCUGCUAUAAAAA